AUGACCCGCGGCAACCAGCGUGACAAGGCCCGUGAGGCGGCUCAGAAGAAGGCUGCUUCUCAGAAAAAGGGAAACUCGAUGAGCGGCACCGAGAUGCAGCGCGCCAAGGAGACCGCCGCCGAGAUCAUGCGGCAGAAGCAGGCCGCCGAGGAGGAGGAGGAGGAGGAGGAGGAGGAGGAGGAGGAGGAGGAGGAGGAAGAGAGUACUGGAAGGGGGCCGGUGGUAGUCAAUGAUUCCCGACGUAUCGUACCUUUUGAUCUCCCCGCCCCUCCGGUUUCCGGACGCCGUGCGGCGGCGGAUUCUUUUCGUUGCUCCGGGACGUUGAUCCACGCUGCCCCCUUCUUCCGGCUCCUGUUUCAUCACGCCGCCUCUGGCCACCUCGGCAUGGAGGAAGGUGGGUGA